AUGCACCGAACUAUUCAUUUCACAUCGACCGAGCGCGUCAUCACUCUAUUCACGACCACCGCCGCCGCCAAUCUGAAACCGUCGUGGCGGCUCAAUUCACCACUCAGGCCACUCGCCUUUAUACGCUCCUCUAGCCGCCGUCCGAUGGAUCCUCUCUCUUCUUCUGCCGCAACCAAUGGUAUUGACGACUUUGUGCACAUAGAGGACGGGGAACGAGUCUCCGUUGAAGACCAUGAGACCUCGCCGGAGAAUGGGGAUGUGAAUAACGAAACCCCCAAUUCUUAUGAGAGGAAAGUUCUUCCGGCGGAGCUCUCGAGGAGUGCGGUGAUGCUCACGUGCGAAUCGGCUGCUGCCUCCGGCGUCUGUGAUGUUUAUUUGGUCGGAACCGCCCACGUUUCUGCGGAAUCUUGCAGGGAAGUUGAAGCUGUGAUUGGUUUCUUGAAGCCGGAGGUUGUAUUUUUGGAGUUAUGCGCUGGUCGUGUCGCUGUGCUUACACCUCAAAAUUUAAAGGUGCCGACAGUUGGAGAAAUGGUGGAGAUGUGGAAGAAAAACCAAAAUCCAUUUGGGAUAAUUUACAGCUGGUUUCUCGCUAAGGUUGCUAGUAAACUUGAAGUUUUUCCAGGGGCCGAGUUUCGUGUGGCAUAUGAAGAAGCAAUGAAGUAUGGGGGCAAGGUUAUACUCGGCGAUCGACCUGUCCAUAUCACAUUGAGGAGAACUUGGGCAAAAAUGCCUCUUUGGCACAAAACAAAAUUGUUAUACUCCUUGAUGUUUCAAGCAGUUUUCUUGCCGGAUCCUGAAGUUCUCAGUAAAGCACUGAAAGAAAUGGAUGAUGUUGACAUGUUAACUCUCGUAAUUCAGGAGAUGAGCAAGCAGUUUCCAACUCUCAUGGAAACUCUUGUCCGUGAGCGUGACCAAUAUAUGUCAGCCAAGUUAUUAAAAAUCGCGAGGGAGCAUAAUUCGGUGGUGGCAGUUGUGGGAAAGGGGCACCUAGCGGGAAUCAAGAAUAACUGGAAACAGCCUGUUGAUAUGAAGGAAAUUCUUUCGAUACCGACACGUAAUAACACUAUAACCGUGCGCAAGAUAAUCGGUACUAUUGGAGCUACAGUUGCUGGAGCUGCCAUCAUAACCGGCCUUUAUCUCUCCAUAAGAAAAUAG